AUGUUAUGGAACAGUUCAAUCCAGGAUUGAGGAAUUUAAUAAACUUGGGGAAGAACUAUGAAAAAGCUGUUAACGCUAUGAUAGUGGCUGGAAGAGCAUAUUAUGAUAGCCUGGCAAAGAUUGGAGAGAUAUCAGCUGAAUCUCCAGUUUCUAAAGAAUUAGGCCAAGUUCUUGUAGAAAUUUCAAGGACACACAAGAAACUUAAUGACUGCCUAGAGGAAAGUUUCAAAAAAUUUCAUAAAGAAAUUAUAUCUGAACUGGAGAAGAAAACAGAACUGGAUGUAAAGUACAUGAAUGCAACUUUAAAGAGAUACCAAACUGAACACAGAAGCAAAUUAGACUCUUUAGAGAAGUCUCAGGCUGAGCUAAAAAAAAUCAGAAGGAAAAGUCAAGGAGCGCGAAAUGCAGUGAAAUAUGAGCAUAAAGAAAUGGAGUAUGUGGAAACGGUGAGCUCUCGGCAGAGUGAUAUUCAGAGAUUUAUUGCAGAAGGCUGCAGAGAAGCUCUCCUUGAAGAAAAAAGAAGAUUCUGUUUUCUGGUGGAUAAACACUGCGGUUUCACUCAGCACAUGAACUUCUAUCACGUUCAGUGUGCAGACUUCCUCAACUCUAAGCUGCCCGGCUGGCAGGAAAUCUGUAGUGACGCCACAAAAGUGCCCGAAAAAGUUAAAAUUAUGAUAGAUGAAAUAAGGACACCUGGUUCCACUCCAAUAUCAGGAACCCCACAGCCUUCACCAAUGAUAGAGAGAAACACCAUGCUUGGAAAUGAUUUUUAUUCUCAACAUGAAAAUGCAUCAAAAGUGCCCCCUGCUCCUACAGGUAGGGCAUACACUAGUCCGCUAGUUGAUAUGUUUAACAACCCUGCAACGGUUUCGACGGUAUCUUCCGAAAGACUAAAUAAUUCAGCAGAGAAUUCAGAUGAUGCCAGUUUAUCACGUUCAACUUCUGUCGCCACAGGACUGAAUAUAAUGAAAAGACAAAAAGUAAAGACAAUCUUCCCACAUACUGCUGGAAAUAACAAGACAUUACUUAGCUUUGCACAGGGGGAUAUCAUCACACUCCUUGUACCGGAAGAAAAGGACGGCUGGCUUUACGGGGAACAUGACUCAACUAAAGUAAAAGGAUGGUUUCCAUCUUCGUAUACAAAACCACUAGAAGAACCAGCGGAAGAAAAAGCAUUUGUACCAGUGCCAAGCCCUGCACCAAUCAGAAGUGUUAGUUCUGUAAAUCUUACAGAAAAAGGUGGUGUUGUCCUCCCACCGCCAGACUAUCUGGGGUCCUUGCAAACAGGUUCAACAUCAGACAAGAGAAUGGAGUCUUCCAAAGUUCCUGCUGUUAAAGCUCCAGCUGAAAGACCAGAAAGUGCGGGUCCUAGACGUGCUAGAGGUUCAGCAAAACCACCUUUUCUAAGUGGAGAAAAUCCUUUUGCCACCGUGAAACUCAGACCAACGGUAACAAAUGACAGAUCAGCACCAAUUAUUCGAUGAAUAUAACUCCUAUGACUCUACCUCCUCCUUCUAAACAUCAGUUUCAGUAAUGACAACUGCUAUCUAAAGUUGUUCUAAAAAAAAAAAACUAUUUAAAUGUAAUUACUGUACAGUAGAAUCAUACUGGAAUAGAUUUCUGAUUUUUAAAAAUCUGUACUUUCUAAUGAGGUAACUGCUUUGAGCAAAUGUUUGAGCAUUUUGGCUUGAUUUCGCAGUAUGCUGGUUUUCAUAGCGUGACAGAAUUGUGAAAAAUACUAGGGAUAGUCUGGAUGCUCUAGUAUGCCAGAUUAAUUAAUAGCUCACAACAAUCAAUCUUUAGCAUUUGUUUUUGUUUGUUUUUUUUUUUUUUUGGAAACUGAAGUGGUAAGUUCUAGAAGAUAAGUCUGCAUAUGCCACUUACUUAAAGCUGAUUUUUUUUUCAAUAUUACAACAAUAUUACAACUGCCUUAAUAUCCCAGAGUAGAGAAUUGCCUGUGUAAAGUGAUUAUAAUUAUAGUUUAUUAUUUUUAAGAAAGCCACCCUAGGUUAUAAAUAAAUAUUUAAUCCUCUAAGACUAGGCAUGUCUACAAUGCUCUGCUUAAUGGUCACAGAUACAAAUUUUUUUCAUUUGUAUUAACACAAACUUAUGUAUAAGUAAGUCAAAUGUUGUACUGUAAGCACAUUCCUCAGUGGUAACGUCUUUAAAACACUUUGACAAACUUUCGUCUUAUAAAAAUGUCUUAAUUAAAAUAGUGCCAUGAUUUUUCUUCAAAUGCUAACACAAAAAGCUGCCUUUGAAGUUACUGCAUCACUGCAGCCCUUCACAAGAGACAACAGAGGAAGUUUAAGUAAGUAAGUGUUUUUUUUAGUUAAGGAGCCUAGCACUGGCAUUAAUGCUGGCAGUGUAUAGUAGCUUAGCUAAGUGAAAUAUAGCUUCUGAAAGUGCAUAACUCUGGGUCUGAAGUUGUUACCUCAGGUGCCAAUCUCUUAAAUCAUGUGGAAUUAGUCUGAGAGAUUUUUUUUUUUUCCAUACUGUAAUAGUCUUAGAAACUGACUUAGAAACUUCAUUCUGCAUUAGUGUUGAAUGCUUUAUCAUGGUACAGGUCACAUGAUCUUUCCCAUGUACUGUAUAAAGUCUUAUCUUUUGAACAGCCCUAAUCAUGAAUCUGUACUCUAUCAGAAUUGCUACAUUCUACCUUACAUAUGUACAUUCCCCCUGCAGCAUCUCUUGGAUGUUUUGUUGGGCCGUGCUUCUACUGCUUGAAUUCAAGUCAUGAUAAAUGCCUUUCAGUUAGUUACACUGUUUUUUUGAUACCAAGUAUGUGCAUGUGAUGACUGCAGAGGUAGAGUGUACUCACUCCAUCUCCUCUGCUCACUCUCCCUUUCAGGAUCAAGGCUGAGGAUACUUCAUUUGCUAGGUAAUCUUGCACAAAGAUCUAUCGUCAUAUUUCAAAAUACUAACCAUUUAAGAGUGCAAUUUAUACUCCAGCCAAUUUGCUAAACCAUGCUAGCUAGUUAGAAGCAAAUCAAACUAUACUGUAUAAGCCUUCAACAGUUUAACAGUAAAUUAAAUAUUUUGACAUGCAGAAGUACCUUUAUCUGCUGGAAACUAGUGUUUGGCAUUACCACAGUUCUCCGUUCACAUAAGGGCUCCCUGCUACACCAUCAGAAAUUGCUUUUGGCUGUGGGUCUGGUAUUAAUUCACACAGUGCUGGGAAGCUGCUGCAGUAGCACAUGGAUCUCUGCUAUUGCAAACCCCCUGGAGUAGUGAUUGUCCCUAUAAGCAAAGACUUUGCUAAUUAGGAGGGGGGGGGGGUCCUCACUUUGUCUGUUACAGCUAAAUUCUUCAGAAGAGGGAAAGGAGAUAUUUAACCACAUCUAUUAGGAUGAUGGGAAAAAGAGCUGUUAAACAGUUUUCUUUAAAGAGGUGUAAGGUGAAGAGAUGUAACAGGUAGCUUGAACACACACAGCCCCCCCCACACACACACAUCAUAAGGAUUCUGAGAAACAUUCAUCCUACUUUGUAG